CUGUUGGCCAUCUGGCAUCCCUUUACAAUUAUGACAUGAUGAAGUAUGAUAAGGCUGAGCAACUCUACUUAAGAUCCAUUUCCAUUGGAAAGAAAUUGUUUGGUGAAGCAUAUUCUGGCCUAGAGUAUGACUAUCGAGGGCUCUUGCGUGUAUAUAGUGUCCAAGCCAAUUUGGAAAAGUGUUUCAAAUACCAGAAUGUUUUGGCAUAUUGGAAGUUGUUGCGUGAUGAAGCACAGGAAACACAGACCUCACCCUUCAAAGAACUCACAGAACCUUUACGGGUCAUUGACACUCUGAACCAGUUCAUGGCCCUGUAG